AAUUAUUCUCUGAAAGGGGAAACGAGUCUGGGGAUCAUCAUGAAGUGAAAUAUCUCCUCACACCAUGCUCUCAUCUCUUGGUCCCUGGUGAAACAAUGAAUGUUCUCCCCUUUGCAAGCUUGGUUGUGGACCCAAAUAUUAUUGAUCCUUCACAUAUCUUGGGGCCAUGGUUCAAGAGCCCUAAGGGGACACCCUUUGAGUUUUAUUUUAGUAAAGGGUUUUGGGAGGUGGUCGACGAGAAGCCGGAGUUUAACAAGGGGUUCAAUGAGGGGAUGGCUAGUGAUUCGGAGCUUGUGGGUGAUGUUGUUAUGAUGACUUGCAGGGAUGUGUUUAAGGGGUUGAAAUCAUUGGUUGAUGUUGGUGGUGGGACUGGAAUUAUGGCAAGAGCUAUAGCUCAUGCUUUCCCGGAGACUAAGUGCACCGUUCUUGAUCUGCCUCAUGUGAUUAAUACUGUGAAUGAUGACAAUAGCCUUGUUGAGUACAUUGGUGGCGAUAUGUUUGUCUCUGUUCCUCAUGCCAAUGCUGCUCUCCUGAAGUGGAUUUUACAUGACUGGGACGAUGAAGAUUGUGUCAAAAUUUUACAAAAUUGCAAGAAAGUCAUUCCUACAAGAGAUCAGGGAGGAAAGAUUAUUAUAAUAGAUAUGGUGGUGGGAGUCACAUCAGACAAGCAUGCUUAUGCGGUGGAAACACAAUUACUUUUUGACAUGAUGAUGAUGAUUCUUUUCAAUGGAAAAGAAAGGAAUGAAAGUGACUGGCGCAAAUUAUUUCUUGCAGCAGGCUUCAAGGAUUACAAGAUCACUCCAUUUCUAGGCCUUAGAUCAGUUAUCGAGUUAUAUCCCUGAAAAGCUAGUUCUACUGUCUUUUUGUAUUGUAUCGUUCUUAUAAGUAUGCUAUUAUUGUAAGUUUGUUAGUAUGCUAUUAUUGUAAGUUUGUAUGGUGUCCUAUAUCAUAUUGAGCUGUGAUGAGUUUGUUAUUAUUAUAUGUUUGUAUGGACGAUAUUAAGUCGGUUAUGCUUGAAGAAGAUAAUAUCUGUAUAAAAAUA